CGUUCUUCGAAUAUUACAACCAAGCACUCGAUUCCUCUACGUGUAGUACAGCUUCUGCCACCAAAUCUCCCUUUCUUUUCUCUCUCUCCAAACAUUUAUUUGAGCUUUCAAUUUUUCCCCUCUCUCGACCGCCUUUUGUAUUUUUCACUCUCCCGCUCGCUCUAGGGUUUUCUUUUGCUUAACCGCGUCAGCUUUUGGAGAAAAAUAAAUUAUCCGAAAAAGUGGACCAAGAGUUCGAUUGGCCGACAUUCAAGUUUUGAUCAUUCAUCUGCUUUCUGGGUCAGCCAUGGCUUGAUUUGCUCUUCGUGCUAAAGGAUUCAAUAAAUUGACUCCAAGCAACAAUUUCCGGGUCAAAAUUGAACAAAUUUGAAGCCAUGUAUAAUGAAGGAAUCCCAGAGUACCUUAUCGACCAGGGAUUAUAUUAUCCUACCGCUGCCAACUAUGGAUAUUUCGGCACAGGAUUUGAAUCAUCAGGUAACUGGGAAGACCCCCAUAGCACUUUUGGUCUGGAUGGUCAAGAAAUCCAUUAUACCGGGGCAAUAAACGAGGGUCUGCCGUACAUUUAUUUUGCAACCCAGGGAUAUGGAUACGAACAGUACCAUUAUAACCCAUACAAUCCUUAUAUUCCUGGUGCUAUGGUAGGAGUUGAAGGGUCCAGUGUAGCUCCUCAACAAUAUUAUGCAGUCCCGUCAUAUGAAAACUCAGUGCCAUCACCUGCUUAUGCUCCUGUUCUUCAGUCGAGCGCUGGCGCUGUUUCAAACACGAUAUCCAAUUCGUUUAUUGAUAAUGGCACACCCAUUAAUCACGCUGAUGGUCUAGUUGCUAAACACAAUCUGCGCUCGGAUGCUCCUAAUGCCUCUGUCAGGAUGACAUCCGAAGGACAUAGAGGUAAUAAUGCUGCAUCAGGCAAGCAGGCUGUGCCGAAUAUUACUUCUGCUAAAUUGGGUAGUCAACCACCAUCACAAAUUGGCCAGGUUAGAGGUCCUCAAGGCACUGAAAUUGGUGUACAUGGGAAGGCUGCUUCAUUGGGUGAUAGUCAACCAAAGAGUGCAUUUACUUCUGUCAAUGGGUUAUCAUCCAGUUUUGAAUCAAGGAUUCCUAGCUCAGGCUCUGUACAUAAAGUUAAGCCCAAGAUACCUUAUGGUGGUGUCCGUGAGGAAGAAAGAGUCGGAUUUGGAACAUUGGUCGAGCAAAAUCCGGGGCCAAGACCAGUCAAACCGAAGACUCAGAUUGUUGUUGAGGCCCUCACAACUAGGGCUGGAAAUCCCGAUGCCCAUGGAAACAUCACCAUCUUUCCAGAUGACUAUAACAGAGCAGAUUUUCCCGUUGAGUACAGAAAUGCAAAGUUCUUUGUGAUCAAGUCUUACAGCGAGGAUGAUGUGCAUAAAAGCAUAAAGUAUAAUGUAUGGUCAUCUACACCCAACGGAAACAAGAAGCUUUAUGCUGCGUAUGAAGAUGCACAGAAAAUAGCAGCAGGAGAUCCUAGGGGCUGUCCUAUCUUCCUCUUCUUUUCGUUCUGUGGUAUGGCGGAGAUGAUUGGUCCCGUGGACUUCCACCGGGAUAUGGAUUUCUGGCAGCAAGAUAAAUGGAGUGGUAGCUUCCCCGUGAAGUGGCACAUAAUAAAAGACUUGCCAAAUCCCCAUUUUCGGCACAUCAUACUAGAGAACAACGAGCACAAGCCGGUGACUAACAGCAGGGACACACAAGAGAUACCUUACAAGAAAGGUCUGGAUAUGCUGAGGAUAUACAAAAACCACACUUCAAGGACAUCCUUGCUCGACGACUUCAUGUAUUAUGAGAACAGGCAACGGAUCAUGCUGGAGGAGCGGGCCAGGCUAAUUCGUAAAAGCUAUGAGAACCCUUAUCUUGUCUCGCUACUCGAUCCUCCUCGCAAGCUUCAGCCUGUUAACAGUCCUCCUAAUGGAAGCAUGAAUUCUACCAGAAAUGGUCCUUCCACUCUGACUGUUGUGAACAAAAGCAAUGUUCCAGGGGAUGCUGGAUUAGAGUUGUCAACCAAGAAGCAAUUGUUUGAUGCUAAUGCUGACUCGAAAGCGGUUGAUGGGUUGAAAAUGAGUUCGCUGAGUAUACGUUCAGAUGAGGGAGAGUCUGGAAGUCGCCCAUCAUCUGGUGCUGUAGAUUCUAAGGCAUCUGCUAAAACUGGGCCUAUUGACAUUGUCACCAUAGGGUCAAUGCCAGUCAAUGUCAACAUCAGUGGGUCUUCUGGUAUUUUGACGGUUGGGACAAUUCCACUCGACCCCAGAGCUCUUCUGCGUGAUUAGGUUUGAUGAUGGGGAAUCUUUUUUUUUUUCUUUUUUAUUUAUAAAUUUGCGGUGCAUGAUUGGUGAAUUUGGAUGUGCUAACAUUUUUUUUGAGGGGGCGUUGAAUGAUUUUGGGAAGUUCGCUGGGUGAAGUCCCAGCCGUCUUCUUGUUUACGUGAGAGCAUGCAUAUAUAUGAUAGGUCUGCUGUUUUGGGAUACAAUGGUGCAACUUGGUGGGAUUUUGAAGACAAUGUUUGAUUGUUUUUUUCUCAUUUUCUGUGAGGGAGAGGUUUUUGGGUCUAUGAGGUUGUCUGACUCAUUGGCUUUCCAUGUAACUUUACUUUGUUAUGGCUUUAUUUAUGACUUACAAAAAUUGAUAUGAAGGGAAGGUAGAAAAAAAAAUGUCAAAUAUUGUAUUCGUAAAGUUUUUGGACUUGUUUUCUUUAAGAAAAAUUAAAUGUGUUGGAUGAGAAAGAGUGAUUUGUAAACGUAGCAUUUCUU